AUGCAAACAAAUAAAGGGUCGCUUUUAUGGGAGAAUUUACGUGUCGAUUUAGAGCCUUGGCUCAAAGAUGCCAUUCGUUCUUUAAACUACCCAACUAUGACACCAGUCCAAGCGUCAACAAUUCCGUUAUUGAGUGGGAAUAAAGAUGUCAUUGUGGAAGCAGUAACGGGAUCAGGAAAGACACUUGCAUUUGCCAUUCCUGUACUUCAAAAAGUAUCAAAAAGAUUAUAUCAAGUACCAGAGGGCGAAGAAAAACCAGAGCCUGUCAAGAGAGGUCACAUGCUUGCUAUUGUUAUGGCUCCUACAAGAGAGCUUGCGAAGCAGAUCCAAAUGGUUUUUGACAAAGUUCUUGAACUCUUGCCAGAAGAAGACAGCUAUGAACCAAGGAUAAAGACCCAAUUACUAGUUGGCUUUUUGGGUAAUGUGAGAGAAGAUCUCGAUUCCUACCAGGAAAACCGUCCGCAAAUCCUAAUUGCAACGCCAGGACGUUUACUAGACUUUAUGUCAUUGCAAAUAGUAAAAACCUCGUCAUUGGAGAUUGUAAUCUUGGAUGAGGCAGAUAAAUUGCUCGAUAUGUCUUUUGAAACUGAUGUUAUCAAGAUUUUGAAAAUGUUACCAAAACAACGACGAACAGGACUUUUUUCAGCUACCAUAUCAGCUGCAGGUGAUACCAUUUUUAGAACUGGAAUGAAUAACCCUGUUAAGUUGCAAGUCAAGACCAAAAACUUUCUUGGAGAGCAAAACAAUGCUCCUACAUCGUUGCAGUUGUCCUAUAUGAUGAUUGAACCAGAACAUAAGUUGACUACAAUGUUGCAGAUGUUGAGAGACAACCAGUUUAAAAAGGCAAUUGUUUAUUUCCCAACUUGUACCUCGGUAAAACAUUUCUAUCAAAUGUUAUCGAAAUUGUGUAAAUCCAGUGCAAACGAUAUUGAUAUCUCUGCUUUACUGUUUUUUUCGCUUCAUGGUCAAUUAACAACAAAGUCACGGUUAAACACGUUGGAGAAAUUCACCGAAGGUAAUGAUGAAAGUAAGAAAUAUAUCUUGAUGGCAACAGAUGUUGCCGCCAGAGGUAUCGAUAUUCCCGAUGUGGAUUUAGUAAUUCAAAUCGAUCCACCCACGGACCCUAGUGUAUUUUUACAUAGGUGUGGUCGAACAGGAAGAGCAAAUAAAGUUGGUAGAGCAAUUGUCAUGUUGAACAAUGAUACCCAAGAGGAAGAUUACGUUGGGUUCAUGGAGGUGAAGAGCGUCUUUAUGACGAAAAUUGAUCCACCCGAAGAUAAGGAUAACCACAGUUUUCAUAAUAAAUUCCAGAAGAAGUUGCGAAAAUACAUGCUUGAAGAUCGAGCACGUCAUGAACUUGCAGUAAAAUCGUAUGUUGGGUUUGUUCGAUAUUACUCAAAGCACAUUGCAAGUCUGAUUUUCCGUUUGGCAUCUCUUGACUAUAUUGCCAUUGCCAAGAUGUACGGGCUUUUACGUUUACCCAAGAUGCCAGAGUCCCGAUAUAUUGAGAAUGAGAAGAUGCCUGAAGACGGUUGGCUUGGCGAGGUUGUUGACAUGGAUACUUAUGCAUACUUGGACAAGUCUGCUGAAAAGGCAAGAUUGGAGAAUUUGGAAAAGGAUAAAUUGGCCAAAGCCGAGAAUGCAAAGAGGCGAAAAGAGUUGAAGGUGAAGAAUGAAGCAUGGUCUAGUAAGACAGAGAAGAGAGAGACAAAGCUGGAGAGAAAGGAAAAGAUGAAAAGGAAAAGAGAGGCGAUUGAAAAACAAUUGGAGGCAGAACAAGAGCGUGGCGGUUUGGAUGAAGAGGAGGUGAAGGAAGAUUGGAAGGAUUUGGUGAGGAAGAAUAAGAAGAAGCAGAAGAGCAAUGGGGGAGGUGGAGGUGGAGGAGUUUUACAGGGGUCAUUUGAUGACUUAUAG